AUGCAGUACCCCGUCACCAUGGACGUGCUGCACACCGUCUUCUCAGCAUAUGGCGCGGUGCAGAAAAUUGCCAUCUUUGAGAAGAGUGCCGGAUUUCAGGCGCUCGUCCAGUUCCCAGACAUAGCAGCGGCCACAUCAGCCAAGGACGCGUUGGAAGGGCACUGCAUCUACGAGGGGGGCUACUGCAAGCUGCGCAUCUCCUUCUCCCGUCACACCGACCUCAAUGUCAAGGCAAGGCAUGUGGGCUGGUCGCACUGCAUCUACGAGGGGGGCUGCUGCAAGCUGCGCAUCUCCUUCUCCCGUCACACCGACCUCAAUGUCAAGGCAAGGCAUGUGGGCUGGUCGCACUGCAUCUACGAGGGGGGCUGCUGCAAGCUGCGCAUCUCCUUCUCCCGUCACACCGACCUCAAAUGUCAAGGUGAGGCCAACAAUGAUUGCAGCAGGGACUUCACUCGCCCAGACCUCCCUACAGUCGCAUUCGCCAACAAUGAUCGCAGCAGGGACUUCACUCGCCCAGACCUCCCCACAGUCGCCCCCAUCCCUGCUCCUUCCACUACUGCCACCACCACGGCUGGUAUCCUCUCUUCUGCCACCACCACCACUGCCGCUGUCACCCCCUUCACCACGCCAUCUGCACCCAUCCUCUCCUCCUCCCCAUACAACCCCCCUGCCCCUCUCGCCCCCUCUACCGCCCCUCCUGUCCUCCCCACUCCCGGUGCCCCUGCUCCCUACUACUCCGCCUCCUCCCCUGCCGCCCCUCCCUCCUCUGCGCCGCCCAUUCUCGGCCACCAAAACCGCCCAGCAGCCUUUCCUGCCACCCCUCCCAGAGGGCCCCCUCCCCAUGCCCCUCCUCCCCACGGCCCCCCUUUUCACGGUCCCCCUCCCCCCCACGCCGGCCCUCCCCACGGCCCCCCUCCCCAUACUCCCCCUCCUUACAAUCGAGGGUCCCCACAAGGUCCCCCUUUCCGCGGCCCUCCCCCUCCCGGGCCGUACCCUCCCGGACCUCCUGGUGGGCCUCCUCCCGGACCUGGUGGUCCGGGGCCUGCCGGGUCUCCGUACGGACCUCCUAGGCCCGGUGGUCCACCCCCAGGGCAGUUUUACCCUCCCCGUGGUGGGCCUCCCCCAUAUGGCCCUCCCCGUGGUCCCCCUCCCCCCAUGUCUGGGCGGGGUCCCCCUCCCCCUAUGAUGGGGGGGCCCCCUCCCCCAGGUGGACCUCCCCCUGGCCCUCCCCCCCUUGGGCGCCCCCCCCCGCAGCCAUUCCCCCCAGGUGCAGGUCCCCCUCCCCCUGGUAUGGGGGGAGGUCCCCCUCCCCCUGGAAUGCCCCCACCUCCAUACAUGGGGGGAGGGGGACCUCCCCCUGGUCCCCCAGGCAUGCCUCCCCCUCCUGGCAUGGCAGGGGGGCCUCCCCCUCCUGGGUACCCAGGGGUUCCGCCUUCCCCAGGUAUGCCACCCCCGCCUGGAUAUGGUCCCCCUCCCCCUAGAUAUGGACCAGGAGGACCGCCUCCUCCUGGCUACAGAUAUUAG